AUGAACUACGCCCCGACGGACACUACAGAUGCGUUUGAUCCCUCGAGCCUAUAUGACACGCGGUCCUUCCAUGUCACAGGAAACCAUUAUAUCACAGACCGGCUUGGCCUCGCCACUGACAUCACCGCAGAUGGCUCAAUCGUUGUCAUUGGUGGACCGGGCACAGAGGACGCCGUUAACCAGAAAGGCGCCGUUCGCAUCAUGUACCGCCAGUCCGACUUGAGCUAUACGUUGCACAAGAUGCUCUGGCAUCCGCAGGUGAGCUUGUCUGUGGCCGUAGACGCCAACUUUGGCGCAUCGGUCUCGAUCACGCCGGACGGGACCACCCUUGCCGUGGCCCACUUUUUCGGUCAGCGGCGCGCAACCUGGCCGGCUACGGCUGACCAAGUCUUUAUCUACUAUCGCGAUGCCGGAGGCGCCGACAACUGGGGCCUGGUGGCGACGGGAACAACGUCAUCCGUGGUUGGGCUCAAGACACUCGGCACCACGGUCUUGCUCCGUGACGACGGCCAGGUCGCGUUUGCCACAGUGCCGUCGACCGCGACGCCAUCGCCGCCAGCGCCGGCAGGCACAGAUGGAAUGGCCUUUGGUGGUAUCGACGUGUUUGGCCGGGACCACACCGGAGCCGACGCAUGGGGACGUAUCGCGACGCUGCUGCCGGGGACCGUUACCAGCGGAGACCCGAAUCACUUUGGAACCAUCAUGGCAUCAGUGGGCAACUGGCUCUUCACCAGUUGGCAGCUCAAGGCUGGGCUGAUUCCUUUGGCUGAACAUGUCCUGUCGAUCUACCAUGCUGCUGACGGCAUAUCGUACACCGAGGUCAGCCGCUUUACGGGCGCCGAUCUUGGAGGAACGGGCACAUUGAUCCUCCCUGUCUCCUUCGCCGCUGUGGAUGACCUCCUGGUUGUGUCCUGCACGAUGAUAUCGUCGAACGCCCACGGCGGGCUUGUAUUUUUGCGCAAGGAUGUGUCUGACAACUGGAGCUCUAUCCAAGUUGAGGCCAACCCCAAUGCUGUGACUACCUACGAAUUCGGGCAAGCUGUAGCGCUCUCUCGAGAUCCACACUCGAACGUGUUCAUGGUGGUAACGGACGGCGGGACGUCAAGUGAGAUUGAGAUUUUCACCGACAAGGUCACGCCAUACGUCUUUGCACACGAGGCCACCGUGUCUGCGCCCGGCACACCUCCGCUGCUCACCAAUCCUGGAACUACGGUCGUGGACUACGGCCAAGCGAUCUCGGCGUCGUCCAACACCAUCGUUGUGGGGCGGCCCACUUGGACUGGGCCGACAUGCAACGAGAAGAUCCGGCCGCCGACGGUGGUGGCCGGCGAGGUCAUCGACGACAACGACAAGGACGUGAUUGUGUCGCCGGGUGACACGAUUGUGCUGUACUUUGCGUUUACGUCCAACGGCGGCGGGUUUGGCAGCUCUGUGCUGAGCCGGGCCGAUGUGGAUGGACUGUUGGAGUUUGUGCCGCCGCUUGCCGGACCGGACGGCGACUACACGGGUAGGUGGAUGGAUCCCGGGGUGUACAGCGUGCUCAACAUCUCGAUUGCCGAGGAGCUGGCGGUGCGUGUGAUCGGGACGUCGUUCCUGGCGGGCAAUGGGACGUCGUUCCCACCGGAUCCGAACGUGGUGUUUGACAACUUUGUGGGCUCGUGGGGCACGGGCGCUGGAGUGCUUCCCGGCGAGUACCCAAGGCCGCAGCUGGAGGGCGUGUCGCCGUCGGUCUGUUCGCUUGCGGGCUGCACGAUCACGCUGUACGGGAGCCAGUUUGUACCCGGAUGCAGCGUGGGCAUCGGCGACGAGCACUACGAGUUUGUCAGCCCGCGGCUGACGUAUCACAACAGCAGCAUGAUGACUGUGGUGACGCCGUCGUACACCAGUGAGGGCUACCGGACGAUCAAUGUGACGAACUUGCGGAGUGAGGCGUCUGUGCUGGAGCGGACAAUGUUUUUCACAGACGACUGUCCACAGCCCGGACAGUUUGGACGCGGGACGGCGUGUCGGACGUGUCCGACGGGCGCGUACUGCCCGGGCGGGUUCCGGAUGUGGCCACUGCCUGGAUACUGGAACCCGAACGAGAACGUCGGGUGGGUGGAGCGAUGCCCGGAGCCCUCGACGGCACGAUGCCUCGGCGGGGCGACGUCGGCGUGUGCAGCCGGAUACACCGGCGAUUUUUGCGCUGCUUGCGAGAGCGGGUACUUUAAGCGUGGCGGCGAGUGCGUAUCCUGCGGUGCGGAUACCAAGGGCAUCUUUGCAGGUCUACUGUUAACGAACGCGGUCUUCUACGGCGCGUUCAUUCUUGCCGCGCUUGUGGUGAAGGACCGGACACUGUCGACGUUGUCACGGGUGAUCAUCACGGUGCAGAUGAUUCGGGGAGUGGCCAAGAUGAACGUGUCGCGGCUCUCACCCGAGCUGCGGACGCUGUACUCGUACUUUGCGCUCGUCACGAUGGAUGCCGAGUUUGUACGACCGGGAUGUGUGGUCUCGUCUGUGUUUCCGGUGCUGUUCUGGGCCAACGCAGCGCUACUCGGGACGACCGUGGCUGCGGCUGUGCUGUUCAUUGCGCUGGCCAAGUCUGUGACGCACUCGCACCGGUUCUACCGCAACCGAGUGGCACGAACGCUUGUGAUUCUGCUGGCGAUGAUGUACCUCUCGCUGUCGACGUACAUUCUGCGUGGUGGGUACUGCCUACCCGGGCGGGACGAUCGGAUGCGACUUGUGGCAGAGCCGUCGACGGUGUGCUACGAGGGCGGGCACUGGCCCGUGGCGAUUGUGUCGUACGUGAUGUUUUUCAAGGAGGGAGCGUACUGGUUUGAGUUUCUGCAGUUUGGCAUGUACGGCGUGCUUGCAGUGUGCGACUCGAUUCUGAUGCACGAGCCGGACAUCCAGUUUGGGGUAUCGCUGGCGACACUGAGCGUGUUUGGGAUUGCCGUUGUGUCGACGCGGCCGUUCAACAGCGUGUGGAAGAACGCGAUGGAGGCCGGGUUUACGGUCAUCUCGAUUGCGCUUGUGGUGCUCAACUACAUGUCCGGAUCGCUGUCGAACUCUGCGAACGACGUUGUUUCGACGGUGAUUGUGUUUGCGUUUGUGGUGGGGAUCAGCGGGCUGAUUGUGAUGGGAGUGGUGUACCUGUGCUUCAAGCGCAAGUCGAAGCAGUUGACGUUUGCGACGAUUGUAAGGGCAGUGAUCGCACAAACCGAGGAGCGUGCAGCCGGGCAUGAUCUCACGCACCAACCGGCGUCUGCCAAGGUGGACGAGCGGGUGCGCGGGCUGGCGCUGAAGAUGCGGAGCCGACUGCGCGCACGCGGUGCGGCGACGUCUGCGGCCGUGAUGCCGACGGUGUACGAUGAAGCGGCGGUGAAGCAGGUGGGCAGCGGCUCGCGAAGCGGAAGCAGUGGCGGGGUGGAGCUUGACGGAGCAGACAUGAGUGUGAUGGCGGACGGCUGCGACAGAGGGACGUCCGGGCUAUCGAUGUCGAGCGGGUCGUCGAGCACAAGCGAGAGCAUGUCCGACGUUGAGCAGUUCCUGCCACCGUCGGACGAAGGCCGGCUGACUGUGAUGGCGUCCGCGUCGGAACCUUUGCAGCGAACGCCAGCGGCGCCGAGUUGA